AUGAAAUCGUCACCGAGGAGUCAUGUCGUUAUAAACAUGAAGGUUAAUCAUUCAUAUCCUCACUAGGGAAAUAAUUUUACUUUGCGGUUGGGAUUUCUCUUUCCUGAAUAUCAGCCAGAACACUUCUUGAUGUACCAGAUGAAGAACCUCAAACUCUUGGGCAAAGGCCUAAAGCCUAAAAAUAGUCUAUUUUAAUAGACUUUGAGAGGUUUCUUGGAUUUACGAGACGUCUUUACUGAAAAACUGAAAAGUUGUGUGGUUGGAGACUUUCAGAAUCAUCUUCUGGUACUUCAAGGAGCGUUCAGACUAGUUUUCAGGAAAAUCUCAACCGCAAAGUAAAAUUACCUCCCUUGUAGGUCGGUAAAACUGCCUAUUUUUGGGAAUAGACGUCUUAAAGCUCGUUUUCCUGGCAUUAAAAUAUCUAACUCCCAUAAAAUUUGAUCUAAAGUAAUUUUACAGUUAGGCUAGCUUCUGAAAUAUUUAACUGGUUCGUUGAAAAAUUUCAGACUAGUUCUCUGGAAAUUAUCAAAUGGAAAGUUUCAUCUGAUACUUCCACUGAAUAUUAAUGAGUCUAACUGAAAAAAAAUCAAGAUGACAGAUUUCAGACGACCAUAAUGACACAAGGUGGACACAAUGGGGUAAUUUUCCAUAGCGCCGUUCAAUCAACACCUUCGACUUCAGCUGGUAAGAUAAAUUCUGUCAAAGAGUAAAAUAAGAAGACAAAACACAAUUCAAGGCAAUGCUUGGAACUGGCAGCAGACGCGAUUUCCGCCCCCAGAACCUAGUCUUCUGGCAUUAGGACCAUCAGCUGAACUGAACUUGUCUCAGGUAAAAAUUCGGCUUUUUCUAAAACUUCUUGUGCAGUCGGAGAUCCGAAGCCCGAUGCCGAUACAGACGCUGGCGAGUACAAGUCACGAAACUUUGGACUCAGGUUCUCGAGUCUCUGGUCAGAAAAAAAGAAGUUUCAUUCCUAGGACCGUACUCUCCGAUCAGCCGGCCUUUGCGCCACAGAGAUUCUUCGCUGCCACCAUUAGUUCAAUUGCCCCUUCGUCCUCUUUCGCCCGUCUAUUCUUUUCGAGUUAGAAUUUUUUUCUUUUGAUUUAAUGUUUCUUUUUGUUUAGGUCAAGAGAAAAUGAUGUCUGUGAAAAAAACAAAAAGUCAAUGCGUAGAUUUUUUUCAAGUUUCUUUUUUUAAUGUUUUACCUCGCAUCAAAAAUAAUUUUUCUUUCUUUUUGAAAAUUUUCCAGAAACUCAAAAAAAUAUGCUUCUUUGUCCCAAGUUAUUUUUUUCGUCAAGGUUUAAAGUAUAAAAAAACUAUGUUAUUGAGAUUAUUGCUCAUGUUAUAGAAAUCGAGUUAACAUGAAGAAAAAAAAACAUGAAAUUUGCGAUAUUUUGCUUUAUUGCCGACAGAAAAUAUCAAGUAAAUCUGAGAGGUAGGGUUCUUUUUUUUGUAAGAUAUGCGAACCAUUAAAUUUUAUCUUGACCAGAAAAAAAUGAAUUUGAAGGGAAGAGACUCGCCACCCGACGAGUUCAUUGAGCCAACAAAACUCGUGCUCAACGUCUUCAAGCCGGUGAGUAUCAUGAAAUGUUUGUUUGUCAGCCUUGUUUGUCAUUGACGUAUCCGUUUCACACAAAACUUUGUGUCUAUUUGUAUAACUGCUCGAGAACAACAGCCUCCUGAAAAUUGCCUCGUGCUCCAGUAGUGAUGUACAAGUCGCACGAAACUGUUUCGAUAUAUCUGCUAGAGAAAAUUCAGCCGCCGCAGUAUGACCGGGCCGUUGUCAGGGACGAGGGACUCCCACUUCUGCCCGACGCGUUCACUUCGGCGAGUAGCCUCGAAGUUUUCCGAGUACCUGUCAGUUUCCUUUUUGUUUUACCUAAAACUAUCCUUUUUUCUUUAUUUUUGAAGUAUAUGUAGCCUAUGUACCAUGACUUGCAAUUUCACGGAACGAAAUUUCGCUGUCCGCUGCGUGCCUUUGCGAACCUUGGUCGCGCUUUUAAUUUUUUCUCUUUGAUCAAAGUACUAUAUUUUCAUGUGUUCCCACAGCAAUAAAAAUCAAUUGAAAACGUGACCUAUACUCGAAAGACGCUUCGCGAACGCACGCAGCGGAACAGCGGAAUGUCGUUCUGGGAAAUUUCAAGGCACACAGACUAUAUCAUGACAGUUUUUUUUUGAUGUUUUUUUUUAAAUAUUCAACGCUUCUCAAACGCCACUUAAUCUACAGCACCCCAUAUUUUGUCAUGAGAAUUCCUUUUCAACAAGCUCAUUUGUUCGAAAAAAAAAAUUAAUUGCUCCUUUGCAAGAAAAUAAUUUUAGAAGAUAUUUGCAGUCGCAGAACACAAUUCCCACAGUGACAGAGGCUCCCAAUCGCAGUACUUCGUACAAUAACUGGACGAGGUAGGUAUUGAGAAUCUCAAAUACAAAAAAAAAGAUAAAACUAGUGUCAUUCAAUUUAUUGCUUUUCAAACGUUAAUAACUUGUUGAUUGAGAGAAGCAAAAUUGAAAUACUUUUAUUUGGAGCUUCGAAAUUUGAUUUGAGUUUCCAAAGUUAUGUUAAAAUUCAGAACGGAAACUUUAUUGAACGAUCCAACUCCAAUCGCUUCAAAGGGAGUCCAAUGGAAGGAAAGACUCGUCGAGGGUGUCUCAAGAACGGCAGAAAUCGAGUUUCCAAUACCGUGAACAUUCAUUUCACGAUCUUUUUUUCAGUAGGUUCAGAGCAUAUGAAUCGUCGACUUCAGAGGGCCUAAGAUUGAACUCUCUAUACGAAAGGUUUAGUUCUUUCUUGAAAAUUUUUUUUUAUUUCACCCUACAGUUUCAUGCAUCUAUUUCUUUCUUCAAUUUUGCCUUUAAAAGAUAAUUUUAGAGAUUUUCACGAAACGGAAGUUCAAAACCCUUCUUCAUCAAACGUCAGAAGGCUCCCAGUAACUGAAUCACAAUCAGUUUUACCGGAAAGAUCAGAAACUUUGAUGAGGCUCCUGAAAGAAUAGUAUGAAUUCUAAUUAUAGUGCUUAAGGCCAACUGCGGGCUCUCCCGACUCUCUUUUGUCGGCUCUGCGACCUUACUCAAGCAUAUCCAACUUGGCUCAGAGAACUCCUAACUAUGAAGAAAAUCUUUUUCGUGAACAGAGACCCCUCAGUCCACUUUACAUCAUCCCAGACAGAAAACGGUAUUUUGCUCCGGCAACUUCAUACCAAUAUUAUUUCUCAGAUACGCGGAUACGGAAUUAGAGAGGAGAACUCAAUUGGAAACUGUCAGGUAAUAUAGCUUUUGUGAAAAAGUAAUGAAAUAUUUUUUUUUUAGAAGGAAUGAGGCUUUCCAAAAACCACGAAGACACGCUCAAGGAUACACCGAAGAAAGGUCUGAGUAG